GGGGGGGGGGGGAUCAGUGCGCGUGCGUGUGUGCGCGUGUCAGAGAGGAAGAGGUCGGAUCGUCUUGAAUCAGUGGAAAGAAAUACGAAACGCGCUGCGACGUGAGUCUGCAGCCCGGAGACGCUUUUUACUUCAUCUUUUACAUAUAAAGUGUUUUUGAAACAGACAGAAUUUGAGCUCAGGACAUUUUUUGUAUGUAAAUUCAUGUUUUUUCUAGUGUUGAAAAUCACAUCAGUGUUUCAGGAAGUGAAGAAAGACUGAGUGUGUGCGUGUGUGUGUGUGUGUGUGUGCAUGUGUGUGUGUGCGCGUGUGUGUGUGUGUGUGUGUGUGUGCGCGCGUCACACUUCCUGUGUGAACACGUGAUCCGGUUCUUCAUUCAUGGCAGCAUCGCUGUAAUCAUUCUAGUGUAAGAAGUAGCAGCUGGAGCCACAUUCGUUAAUUAGGGGCCAUUGUUUGGAUUUGUUUCUUCCUGAUGCGUUAGAGGACGCUCGGACAUCUGAGUGUUAAACUGAACAACAACAUCGACUCAAUAAAUCAAAUACAUGAUUACGUUUCUCUUUGAGCGUCGCUCCUCGUGCGGUUCCGAAUAUCAGGAGACAUUCAGCACAUCAUUUAGAAUCUGGUACAUUAAAGGCACAACUUUUACAAAAAAUAUGUCUGCGUGCAGUUUAUUUCAUUAUAUGAUUUUCCAUAGAAUGUUAUGAUACAUUAUUCUAUUGAAUGUUAUAAUAUCUUAUUCCAUGGAGGGCUGUGAUGUAUUAUUCCAUAUAGUUUUAUGAUAUAUUAUUGCAUAUAUUCUUAUGACAUAUUAUUCCAUAGAGGGUUACAAUGCAUUAUUACAUAGAACCUUAUGAUAUAUUACUCCAUAUAGUGCAAUGACAUUUCUCUGUAGUCAUAAAACAUAACCUGCUUGGCAGAAAUAACAGAGAAGAAGAUGGUUUAGAGUUUUUUCAAAGAUUAAAGAUGCAAAGAUCUGUGUUUAGACCAAAAGAGACAAAAGUUUUAACCUAAACGCUGAACAUCAGGCCCCCCAUUGGUCAAAAGAUGUUUGUCAAAAUAAAAGCCUUUUCAUGAAUUGGAUGCUUGCAUCGUGUGCGGCCAUGUUGUUUUUCAUGGAGUCGCCCUGAGACGGAUGCUCGGUGGUUUCCAUUGCGUCACCCUUUCACUUCCUGUCUCUCUCGCUGACAUGUUUCCCACCUGAGUGGCAUCACAUCGGUGAAGGCAACCGGAGACACGCUGACCUCGACGGAGCGGGAGAGGAACAUGAAGAGGAGCUGAAGAAGAAGAAGAGCGUCAACGCGAAGGCCGUCAUGAUUCACUCAAAUCAUUCCAUCCACUCCGUGUUCUGCUGCUGCUGCAGCGUGCAGAGCAGGGAGAUCAGCACCCACGUGGAGCUGGAGGGAAGCAGCUCGCUGUGCUUCGGGACCAGACGAUACCCGGGGCACGCCUGCAGGGGCGACAGGUCCAGGAAGAAGCUCCCCCUCCCGCCCCCCGACGACGAGCACGCCGAAGGUCAGGGGCUGCUAACCGUCGUCGCCAUGUACGACUUCACCGCCAAGGAGGACACCGACCUGACCCUCAAACAGGGAGAAGAGUACGUCAUCCUGCACAAACAGGACCAGCUGUGGUGGAGAGCGCAGGACAAACACGGGAACAAAGGGUUCAUUCCCAGCAACUACGUGACCGAGAGAAACCGAAUCGAGGCAAACGCGUGGUACUGCAAGAACAUCACCAGGACAGAAGCCGAGCAGCUGCUGAGACAGGAGGACAAAGAGGGAGGUUUCGUGGUGCGGGAGUCUAGUCAGAAGGGCGUCUACACCGUCUCCGUCUACACCAAAACAUCGAUCGCUAGCGGGGUCAUCCGCCACUACCAGAUCAAGACAAGUGAGGCGGGUCAGUUCUUCUUGGCUGAGAAACACACCUUCAGCUCCAUCCCUGACGUCAUCCAGUACCACGAGCACAACGCAGCAGGUCUGGUGACCCGGCUGCGGUACCCGGUGGGUCCGAUGGGGCGCUGUGUGCCGGCCACGGCGGGAUUCAGCUCCGAGAAGUGAGAGAUCAACCCCAGCGAGCUGACGCUCAUUAAGGAGCUGGACAGCGGUCAGUUCCGCGUGAUGAGGCUCGCAAGCUAGCGAGCCAGCACCCAGUGGGCCAUCAGGGCCAUCAGAGCGGGCGCCAUGUACGAGGAGGACUUCGUCGAGGAGGCUAAAGUCAUGAUUGAGACGGGGGAGACGGAGGACAGGACCACUGUACGCGUCUGCCUGCAGCAGCAGCCGCUGCUCAUCGUGCCGAGUUCAUGGAGAACGCUGCCUGCUGAACUCCUGCGGCAGAGGAGGCAGAGUCUGAAGACGCCGUGGCUUCUGUCCAUGUGCCAGGACGUGUGCGAGGGGAUGGAGUACCUGGAGGCUCAGAGUUUCAUCCACCGAGACCUCGCCGCCAGGAACUGUCUGGUGAACGACCUCAAUGUGGUGAAGGUCAGCGACUUUGGGAUGACCAGGUACGUUCUGGACAACCAGUACACCAGUUCAUAUGGUGCCAAGUUCCCAGUGAAGUGGUCUCCUCCGGAGGUUCUCCACUACAAUAAAUACAGCAGCAAGUCUGACGUCUGGUCCUUCGGUGUGGUGAUGUGGGAGAUCUACUCGGAGGGCCGGACCCCGUUUGAGAACCGUUCCAACAUGGAGGUGGUCAACGAGAUCACUCGGGGGGUCCGGCUGUACCGCCCGCAGCGAGCCUCGCAGCCGCUCUUCUCCAUCAUGUACCGCUGCUGGCACGAGAAGCCGCAGGGUCGGCCAUCUUUCUCAGAGCUGCUGGAGGAAGUCAGAAAACUGGCAGAAAAUACGGAAUAACACUUAUUUUUUCUGCUGAUUAUUAUUUCCCAUCAACAUACACUGAACGAUGUCAUUGUAAAUAACUUGGUUAAAAUAUUUUAUCAGAGCCUUUUCACACAGCGUUUUCACUGAUGGGUUUUAGCAUUUAUAUAAGCCCCUACAUAGAAAACACAUUUGUAUAUAAUGUGAAAUAAUGUAAUGUUGAACAUGUGAAGAUGUCAUUAAACACAAUGAUUGCCUUUUUGUCCAAUUGUACUAUUAGUUAUAGCAAUGGUACUUUUUUUUAAAUCAAAGUGUGACUAUUUGUACUGUGUACUCACACUGAAAAGGGACCUUGUCUUCAAUAUAUAUGUUUUACUUGAA